UUCAUUCAAAGAGAUAAGAAACAGAGUGCUUAAAAAUGAAAAAAUCUCAUCUGUUCUUGUGGGUUCUUGUCUCAAGAUUAGUGAUGAGCAGCAUAAGUCUGCAACUUCAAACGAACCAGGCGGCCUUGUACGUCUUCGGCGACUCAUUCUUUGAUGCUGGAACUAAUAAUUACAUCAACACUUUGACUUAUUUCAAGGCAAAUUACUGGCCAUAUGGUCAAACCACUUUCAACUCCCUCACUGGCAGAUUCUCCAAUGGCCGUCUCAUCCCAGAUUUUAUCUCCGAAUACGCUUGGUUGCCAGUGAUUCCACCAUAUCUACAGCCUGGUAACCAGCAAUUCUUCUCUUAUGGGGUUAACUUCGCUUCCGGUGGAGGUGGUGUUCUGCCUCAAACAUAUUCAGGCUAUGUACAUAUACAUCUUCUACACUAAUUCCUUCAGUAUAUUACUAGGUUUUCUUUCUUUUUUUUUAUGGGUUUAACCAAUUUUUGGAGACGGAAAAAACUUUAUAUCUUUGUUUCUGGUGGAGGUGGUAUUCUGCCUCAAACAUAUUCAGGCUUUAUAUACAUACAUCGUCUACACUAAUUUCUUCAUGAUUGCAGAUCUGCUCACUAAGAGAUUACCACAUAAAGUCUUUCAUGAGCACACUGCUCAUAUGGAUG